AUGCUCGGGGGUUUAACUUACUAUAUGGAUAGGAUCAAGUACUACAAUGGGUGUCUCUUCCACACAGUGCAAAAAGAUUUCACAGCACAGACCGGUGAUCACAGGAGCUGGUGGGGAUUCAAUGUACAAGUAAGAUAUUUUUGUACGGCUAUGAUAUGGUAUUUGAGGGUGAUGUACCUGAAAUCCCCAAGAGGGUUCAUAGUCAUGAGUCAUGACAGGGAUGAGAGGGGUGUUAGGGAGAAGAUUCGUCGGACAAGUCCUCGUGGGAGAAGAAACACAGAGAGAAAAGAAAGAGACAAUAGGGAAGAUGAAUACACCAUGUGGAGAGUUGACGAGAUAGAGAUGAUGAUCGUCGGAGUCAUAGAGAUUAUAAAGGAACGGCAAGAGAGACACACAGUGGAAAUGGGAGAGAAGCAAGGGAUGGGAGAAGGAAUAGAUAAAGGCAUGGGCCUAUUCAUAUGAGCUAAUCAAAUCUAGCUUUG